UGUUCAGAUCAUCCUACUCUUGUAUAUUUACCAGGUCCAGGAGUGGGUCAACACCAGCACACAUUCCAUGAAGCCAGUCAACAGUGGUCCUCUGUUGAUGCCUGUGUAUGUAUACAGCUGCCAGCUCAAGAAUGUUAUCAGCUCCCUGGUUGACAAGUGGACAUUCAACCUUCCUGAAGACAUUUUUGAGGAUAUGUCCUUCAAAACAGUCCCGUCCAGUGAACAGAAGUCACCCCGAUCGCCAGGGCACCAGCUGCAGUCCUUUGACCUGAGUACUGAUGACCAGGAUGACAGAGACUCCUGGCGAUCCUCACUGGACCGCCGGUCAACUGACAGUAAUUCAUACAGGAUGGAGUCAUUCAGGGAGCAUUGCAAGAUGAUAACUGAGAUGUACUUCAACUCGUUUGUGAGAGGUGUUUUUCUGAGCCUCCAGCAAAGCUAUUUUGUGGACAGUCAAGAUGUAGACUCUGCGAUUAACAACAUUUGUGAAGAGUCACAUCCCUUGGAAACAGAUAUGACCACAUUCCUGCUGGCCUCCUGCACACACAUGCAGCAGUUGGUGAAUAAAGCCAGAAUUAAGGACAGAUGCCACGAGGAGGGAGCUAUCUUUCAUAAACAGCAUUUUGUUCGCUUCCAAGAUAUUGAUGUACACAAGGAGGAUGACAACCCUCGACUGCCAGAUGUUUUACAACUGCCAACACAGUCUGUUGAGAUUACUGAAGAGGAGUGGGCAAGUUUAUCACCAGAUCGCUGCCAGCAACUAAAGGAGUACAACCUCCUGAAGGAAGAUGUGGAAGCCAAAUUCCUUGAGGCCAUAGGGAGAUGUUUAAGGCCUGUACCCAGCCUGCCAGAUUUCUACUUCUAUUGCCCGAAUGUCAUUCAGUUGAACUCAGGGGAUGCUCUGGAUGGGCCUGGAAACAACUCUGAUGGUAACACAGCCGAUGCAGAAUAUGAUGCAGAUGGAGCGAAGGAUGAAGACAUAGUUCUCUCCCUGCCUGGUGGCAAUCAGGCAAUGUCCGUGGGAACCUCAAUGGAAUCCAACCAUGAUGAAUCAUCUCUGGGGUCAUUUGAAGGAAACGUAUCCACAGAUUCGGUGGAGUGUGAUCCAGUCCCACUAUUUGUGCAUUUCACUUGCACAGUGAAACAGAAAUCCAACUUUCAGCAUACAAGUCUGCGGUCUGUGCCUCUCUGCUUUGGUCGGAUUGCCAGUGGACUAGAAGAACCAAUCAGAAUAUUAGAUUUCUCAGGGUUCAAGGUGACAUUUGACAUCAACUGCUUAGCUCUGUUGGCAGACGCUGAUCAGCCCACUCCCAGAAAGCCAUUGUAUAUGAGGUUAUUAUCCAAUGCCAGUGAUGUGAACGGAGUCAAGGAAGCAGGAGAAGAAAAGUUAUCCACUAUAAUAAGCUCACCCAAACCCAUGGGAGAUCCAGUGAACCACUUGUCAAAACCCCAGCAUGCGGCUAUAUAUGGAUUGAAAAAUGAGAUUGAAUCUCUGAUGCAAGAGGAGGUUGUAUCUGCUUUACGUCGUAUGCACCCAAUUACAACUGACACCCUGGUGUUUGUUGCCGACUACAUCCGCAACACAUCCCAUAGCCAAUCAAGGACAGUGAUGUACCAGUGUAUAAAUCUCCAGUUUGUUUAUGGGCCUGAUCAGAGCUUGAACAUGUUCAUUGAGGAGUUUGAACGUCAGAGCUUACCUGGCUACAAGCUGACCAAAGAGGGAGAUUAUUACUUCCUGAUAAUAAACAAGACUUUGGCACAUCAGCUGAGAUAUGUCAACCAUCUCAACAAGAAUGAUUUUCCUCACUAUGGCAUUCUGGGUCCCGAUGAGGAAGACGAUGUCAAAAAAUUAGCCAUUUCUAAAGAGGAGAGAAGCUACAGCUUGCCUUGUGUGUUUACUGGCCCUUCAGACAGUAACCUUCGUCCUAGAGCUGCACGUUCAGUUCAGAACACUGGAGAUGAAGCUGCUGGUCCAGAAGCUGGGGCUGCUAAACAAAGGCCAAGGAGCUGCUCUGAUACUAAAUCAUCCAAGAAACCAGUCUCUGUGAACUUAAAAAAAUCCAGCAGUUUUGCUGGACUUCAGGGCACACAGGGCCAAUCCUCUGGAGUAGCUGCCUCAAAUUCCAGGAGCCGCCACUGCUCAGCUCCAUCAGGCCAUGUUUCUAUCCCUAGUCGCUCAUCAACUAUGCCACAGUCACCAUCUGUAAAUUCAUCGGGCGAGUCCACAACUGAUGAUGGUUUUGAAGGAGAUAUCAGUGACAUGGAACUAGAUGAAACUGCCUCUGUGUCAGAUAUUAGCACCUGUUACCCAGAACUCCCAGACUUCUGGCUGCUUAUGCAGAUACACCAGGACAGGAUGGAAGUGUUCUUCCAUUCCAGGAAGCCGAUUGAUUGUGAGUCUCCAGCAAAUAUGCAGCACCAGGAACUGUACUCGGGCGCCAUCAAGAACAUUUUCAACGUCUGCCGCAAAGUUAACCAG